AUGGCCGCCCAGGACCCCUCUGUGCCCCUUGUCGUCGACAACGGUACCGGCUUCGUCAAGUGUGGCUUUGCCGGUAGCAACUUCCCCGAACAUGUGUUCCCCUCCGUCGUUGGUCGGCCAAUCUUGCGUGCCGAGGAGCGUCUGGGCUCCAGCACGCUCAAGGACCUCAUGAUCGGUGACGAGGCGGCUGAGAACCGCUCGUUCCUCCAGAUGUCGCACCCCAUGGAGCACGGUAUCGUCAAGAACUGGGACGACAUGAAGCACCUCUGGGACUACACCUUUAGCGAGAAGCUGCAGGUCGACCCCCGCGGCCGCAAGAUCCUCCUGACUGAGCCUCCCAUGAACCCCAAGGCCAACCGUCAGAAGAUGGCCGAGGUCAUGUUCGAGGAGUAUGGCUUUGGCGGUGUCUACAUUGCCAUCCAGGCAGUCCUGACUCUGUAUGCCCAAGGUCUCCAGACUGGUGUCGUUGUCGACUCGGGUGACGGUGUCACCCACAUUGUCCCCGUCUACGACGGCUUUGCCCUCCCUCAUCUCACCCGCCGACUCGAUGUCGCUGGCCGUGACGUCACCCGCUACCUCAUCAAGCUUCUCCUCAUGCGCGGAUACGCGUUUGAGCGCACAGCCGACUUUGAGACUGUGCGCGACAUCAAGGAGCAGCUCUGCUUCAUGAGCUACGACCUUGAGCUUGACAAGAAGCUCGCGGACGAGACGACGGUGCUCGUCGAAAACUACACCCUUCCGGACGGCCGCGUGAUCAAGGUCGGCUCGGAGCGUUACGAGGCCCCCGAGUGCAUGUUCCAGCCCCACCUUGUCGACGUCGAGCAGCCCGGUGUCGCUGAGCUCCUCUUCCAGACCAUUCAGCAGGCCGCCGUCGACACCCGUUCCGAGCUGUACAAGCACAUUGUCCUCUCGGGUGGUUCGUCCAUGUACCCGGGCUUCCCUUCGCGUCUCGAGAAGGAGAUGAAGCAGCUGUACCUUACCCGUGUGCUCGCCAACGAUGCCAGCAGGUUGAAGCACUUCAAGAUCCGUAUCGAGGACCCCCCUCGCAGGAAACACAUGGUCUUCCUCGGCGGUGCCGUCCUUGCCGACAUUAUGAAGGACAAGGAGCAGUUCUGGGUGACGAAGCAGGAGUGGGAGGAGGAGGGUGUCCGCGCGCUCGACAAGCUCGGACGCGGCGACUAG